UCGUCCAGAAAUUCGGUGAAAUUCUAUUGCAACUUUAAUUUUAUCUGCUGCUUUUCUGCACAAUUCAAACCGCCACAAUGUCGGCCGACUGGGAUGAGAUCAAACGUUUGGCAGCCGAUUUUCAGAAAGCACAGCUCUCGACAAGUUUACAAAGGUUGUCCGAGAGGAAUUGUAUCGAAAUAGUGCGUCUUCUUAUCGAAAGACAGUUGAUCGAUGUGAUCUACACAAACGAUGGCAAGGAGUAUCUCACGCAGGAUCAUCUGGAGCGGGAGGUGAGGGACGAACUGUACGUCCUGGGCGGCCGGGUGAAUUUGGUGGAGUUGGCCACGGUGUUGAACGUCGACUUCAACAAAGUGGAAUAUACGGCUAAACAACUGAUACAACGUGACCGCGAAUUACACUUCCUGCUCGGGCAGCUCAUCGACCAGUCCUACGUCAAACGGGUUGCGUCCGAGAUCAAUCAAAAAUUAUCACAGCAUGGUGAAAUCAAUAUCGGCAAGCUAACGGCGACGUACGAUCUGCCGGCGGAUUUUCUCCUCGAUGCCGUCGUGCUGCCAAAUCUUGGCAAAAUAGUCAUGGCCAGGCAAGACUCGGAAAACCGGAACGUUUUCUUCACUCAGUCCUACAUCGCACGGAACAAGGCGAAAGUUCGUGGGGCACUGGCUGCGAUCACGAAACCAACGCCGAUAACGGCCAUCCUGAACCUAACCGGUGUGCCCGAGCGUGUGCUGUACAUGGUGAUCGAAGAGAAAGCUGCACUCGGUAGCGUAACGACGCGGUCAAACGCCGGUCAGUACAUUCCGCACAUUUACUCGCGCAUGCAGUCACAAUGGGUGAAGGAUUUCUUCAAACUGAACGGAUACUUGACGUUCGAAUCGAUCGCCAAGCUGGGUCUAACAGACGCAAAGAGUGUCGUUCAGAGGUUCCUACCCGAUGAGAAGAUAGUCCACACGAAAAACUGUCUCAUCGGGAGUAAGCUCAUCGAUCAGGUACUGGCAUCGAUGGAAGAAUGUAUUGCGACCGGUUCGUAUCUGGACGUGUCCACCAUUCUACCAUCGGCACUAGGCGACGAAGAUAUUGAAGAAGUGCUGGCGUACGUGUUCACGCCGACGAUGCGCAAACAAGUGCACGUGUUUGGUCCGGUCGUACUAACAAUAACCUUUAUGGACGAGUGUGUCAAGGGCUGCCACGAGCUUGCCAGUGAGCACGCGAAGCGAGCGGUCGAAAGUGGGGCGUACCAGAAGUAUUUGGCCGAAAAGAUGAUGAAACAUCAGGAUGUCGGUUCGAUGGCAGGCGCAACUGAAGGUGACGGCAGUAAGGGUGACAAGCGUGAGGAGCGUCGGAAGAAGGCGGCUGGUGGUAAAGCAGGUGGCGGUGCGCAGGGCCGGGAGACGAAAACAAAGUCCACCAAGAAGCACACUCGGGGCAAUAAGGGGAAUUUAUCCGAUUCCGACGACGAACCGGAGCAGCGGGAGGGAAAGAAGGGAGGCGGCAAGGAGGCAUCCAUCGAACUGAUCACGCCGAAGGAGAUUGCCAAGUUGGUGGAGAAAGUGCUCGAACCGGAAGGAUUGGAAAUGUUUUCCAAGGAUUUGGCCAACCAUUACUAUCCAAUUCUCAGCAAACAAUCGCUUGCAAAAGCACAUGAACUGUACGAACUCUCGCUACAGAAAAACAACCAGAACAGACGUCAGACGCACGCCAGCAUUCAGGAGAAGCUCAACAACCUGUACAACGAUAUCCGUCUGUACGAGAAGGGCCUCAAACUGUUCCCGGCCGACGUGCAAGGGCAGCUGCUGAAGUAUCUACUCAAAACGCUCGGCACGGAAGUCUGCAACGAGCUGUGUCUAUACGUGGCGGCCGAGUGUAAUCUAAACACCAAUUACGGCACUAACCUUACGCAGGAACAGCGCACAAAAAUUGCCAACGAUAGCGACGCGGUAUAUCGACCGACCCUGCAGGCCCUCUGCAAGGCGCUAACCACUAGCGAAACCGUGGACGCGUUCCUCGAGGCAACCGAAAAGACUCUGCACGUUUGCAGCAUGAUGCUGAAGAAGGUGGACAAGAAGAAAGAUAAAAACCUUAUUCUCUGCCACAAACAUGGCUUGCUGGAGCAACUAACGAACUGUACCGACCCGGCGCUGGUGCUUCAUCUGGCCGCACUCAUCAUCUUCACCAUCUCCACGCAAACGAUGCUGCACGCUUCCGGUCGGCAUGUGUCCGCCAUUCUAAGCUUCCUCCAGACGGCGCUGAGUGCCGAGCAGUCGAAAGUGUUCAACACAUAUCAUGAUUUGGUGCUGAAAUUACUGAGCACCGAAAGUUCCAAUAGCGACGACGGCAAACCUAACGCCGAGCAGAUCACCAAGCAGCUAGGCGAACUGACACAGGUAGUGAAGGAGAUUGCCGGGAACUUUAAGAAAGCCGGUGUAACUGCGGUGGAGUAGGAAACGGAGAAAGAGAUUCACUAAUCCAAGAACUGAUAAAAUGGCUUAAUAACUCCCCGCACGAAAGCGUUCGAUACGCCCGUUGCUACUCACCCGCUGUUGAUUGUGCGUUUUUUGUUUCUUUGUCUAGGUUUCUUACGGUGGAACGCUUCAAUAAACGAAAAAAAAUCUUGUUAAUUGUA